UGUCAUUUGUCAUUAAGUCAUCAAACCACUUUUGUGGUGUGGUAGAAUUUGCAGACUUUAAUUUAAAAUACGAAAUAACUUGAAAUAUAUUUCAUAUUUAACAUAAUUUAACAAAGAGUUAUGACUAUGACGGACCAGUCAGGGGGCGAAGUUCCCCAUUUCGUUGCCCCAAUUAUUCAGGACAAUCCCACCGGAUGGGGUCCAUGUGAAGUGCCAGAUCAGUUUAAAGAUAUGCCAUACCAGCCUUUUAGCAAAGGUGAUCGGUUAGGGAAAAUUAGUGAUUGGACCGGUGCCGCUUUUCUGGACAAAAAAUAUGCCAAUAAAUAUGCUUCCCAAUUUGGUUCAGGCAGUCAGUAUGCUUAUUAUCAUGAUGAAGAUGAGAGCACUUUUCACUUAGUUGAUACAACUAGAGUUCAAAAACCACCUUAUCAAAGGGGUCGGUUCCGUGCUAAUCAACGUAACAUGCGUGGUAGAGGUGGUAGGUCUAAUACUCAAUCAGGAGGAAUGCAGGCACUUGGUAAGGGGCUGAAAGCUAGGGAUACUUACAAGAGAAGUCAGGUUAAGAGGUGGGGCCAAGGACGUCCACAAAUCAAAAUUAGGGAUGCUUCUGUUACUGUUAGACCAGAUUGGUCUACAAUUGAGGAAAUGGAUUUCCCAAGAUUGGGAAAAUUGUCUCUUCCAGGAAUCAAAGAUGGUGAGGACAUUCUGUGUUGUGGAGAAUUAGAAUACUAUGACAAGACUUAUGAUCGUGUCAAUGUUAAAAAUGAGAAAGCCUUGCAGAGUGUCAAUAGGAUUUUCCAUACUGUUACUACCACUGAUGAUCCUAUUAUCAGAAAACUUACAAAAACUGAAGGAAAUGUUUAUGCAACUGAUGCUAUUUUGGCUACAAUUAUGUGUUGCACAAGAUCCAACUAUUCUUGGGAUAUUGUUAUUGAGAAAAUUGGUGACAAACUAUUUUUCGAUAAAAGAGACAAUACUGAAUUUGAUUUACUUACUGUAAAUGAAACUUCUGUUGAACCUCCACAAGAUGAUGGCAACUCCUUGAAUUCGCCUAGAAACUUAGCUUUAGAAGCCACCUUUAUUAACCACAAUUUCAGCCAACAAGUAUUGAAAAUAGGAGCUACUGAACCUAAAUACAAAUUUGAAGAAGUUAAUCCAUUCAUAUCUGAGGAAGAAGAUGGCGAAUUUGCCAGCGUGGCCUAUAGAUACCGAAAAUGGGACCUUGGUGGAGGCAUUACUUUGGUGGCUAGAUGCGAACAUGAUGCAGUAGUUCAGUCUCCAAAUGGUGAACUCCAAUUCCUUACCAUCAAAGCCUUAAAUGAAUGGGAUUCCAAAUUAGCAAAUGGAGUUGAGUGGAGACAGAAACUGGAUACACAAAGAGGUGCUGUUUUGGCUAAUGAACUCCGCAACAAUGCUUGCAAACUGGCCAAGUGGACAGUACAAGCACUUUUGGCUGGUAGUGAUCAGAUCAAGUUUGGUUAUGUGUCUCGUGCACAUGUGAGAGAUAACAGCAAGCAUGUUAUUUUGAGAACACAGCAGUAUAAGCCUCAUGAGUUUGCUACACAAAUUAAUUUGAAUAUGGAUAAUGCUUGGGGUAUUUUAAGAUGCAUUGUUGACAUUGUAAUGAAACAAAAAGAUGGUAAAUACUUGAUAAUGAAAGAUCCUAACAAGCCCAUGAUUCGUUUAUAUGACAUCCCCGAUAAUACCUUUGAAUCAGAUGGAGAAACUGAGUCAGAUGAUGAUGUUCCGGACAAUGCUACUGCUUUCCCACUAUAUUCUUAUAAUACUAGUUCCAAGCGUUAAGAAUAUAAUUUUUAGGCACAAAGUUGUAGAUGUGCUUUUUCAUAUGAAAAAUAAACAUUGAAACAAA